GCCAGAUGAAUGAUAUGGUUCGGGGCGGGAUUCCCACCCUGCGUCGGGCCGUUGAGAGUCUCGACAUUGUGUUAAAUACGUCAUCCACACAGCCGUGUCACAUUAUCCUCAUCCCACAUUGGCCUAGUUACUUGAAGGUUAUUGAGUAUGAUACUUGUGCUAAUCAUUCUGAUUUUGCUCUCCUGCUAUAACCAUAGCUGUGCUCGCUUAGCUCAUAGACUGGCUUUGCAUGUAAAUGAACCCUCGUGCGACACAAUGUAUACUUAACAGGUAACGUAUACCUAACAGGCGAUGCCUUUAAAACGCCAUACAUUGACAUAGACUAAUAGUCAGAUUAUGCCAUAUACCUUAUAAUUCUGAGCCCAGCUAAUACAAAAUGUC